AUGCCUAGGUGCACCUCGUCGGUCAACUACCAAACGGAGACAGCGACCAUGUCGGAGCUCAUCUGCAACGGCUGCUUCAGCCUGGUGCUGUACAACCGCGGCGCCGCCAACGUACGCUGCUCCGGGUGCAACAGGGUCAACUCCACCAGAUCAGCGAGCCAAAUCGCCCACCUGACAUGCGGCCGGUGCCGGACAACGCUCAUGUAUCCGCCGGGGGCCUCCACCGUGGGGUGCGCCAACUGCCAGCACGUCAACCCUGUCAGAACCCAGGGCUCCUCAGCUCCUCCGGAUGCCCAUGCCCGGCCUCAGACAGUUCUCGUGGAGAAUCCCAGGACAAUGAACGACAAGGGCAAACUGGUCAGCAAUGUGGCGGUCGGUGUCACCUCAUGGAAAAGAUGA